AUGCCUGUCCUCCAGCACAACAAGCCCACCAACAGAUGCCAGGGCAAGAACACCGGCUCUCUUGCUCGUGAGCUUCAGCCCAAGCAAGCCUUCAUGCCAGACCAUGUCGAAGCGGAUGAGAAUGUCAACUCCGCAAAGACGGCUACCAUGGGCUCGGCCUCCAAUGAGAAGUGGAACGGCUACCAGGCGUGCACCAUCAUGCAGUCCAAAGCCCUCCGCGAUGCUGCUUCAAAAACCUCGUUGCAUGCUGGCGAGUCGUCCGACGAAAACGAAGAAGGCGCUCUGAAGUUUGAUAUGGAGGGUAUUGACGAUAGUGAUACGUCCGAAUCGUCUAUUGAGCUGGAAAAACGCCUGCCCAAACGCACUGGAUCCACCGAAUCAAAGAAAACUCCUUCGGCAGAUGACGACGAUGACGACGAGGAGGAGGAAGAGGAGGACGAUGAGGACGACGAGGACAUUCCUGUUUCAGACCUCGAAGAUUUGGACGAGGAAGACCGGGAAGACCUCAUCCCACACACCCGCUUAACGAUAAACAACACGUCUGCCCUCCUUGCAUCUCUUGAUCGCAUAUCCAUUCCUACAGGCAAGACCGUGCCGUUCGCAUCGCAUCAAAUCAUCGUUUCCUCCACCAAGACGGCCGAGUCUAUUCCUGACGUGUCCGACGAUCUUCAGCGAGAGCUUGCUUUCUAUACUCAAUGCCUCGACGCCGCACGACAAGGUAGAAGCAAGCUUCUAGCCGAAGGCGUACCAUUUUCUCGGCCAAAGGACUACUUUGCCGAGAUGGUCAAGGAAGAUGCGCACAUGGAGAAGAUCAAGGCAAAAUUGAUCGAGGAAGCCUCUGCGAAAAAGGCCUCGGCCGAAGCACGAAAGCAGCGUGACUUGAAGAAAUUCGGCAAACAAGUCCAGGUUGCCAAACUGCAAGAGCGCGCAAAGGCCAAACGCGAAACACUGGAGAAGAUUAAAACUCUGAAGAGAAAGCGCCAAGAGUCUAGCGGCGACGUCGGCACAAAGGAGGGUGAUCUGUUCGACAUAGCAGUCGACGACGAGAUUUCCAAGCACUCUCAGCGGACUUCUCAGCGGUCUGGCGCGGGCCGUUCAUCUUCAGGGCCGAAUACAAAGCGCCAAAAGAAGAACGAAAAGUUCGGGUUUGGCGGUAAAAAGAAGCACUCGAAAUCCGGUGAUGCGAUGAGCUCGGGCGAUAUCAGCGGUUUCAACGCCAAGAAGAUGAAGGCCGGUAGCAAGAAGAUAAAGGCAAGCCGCCCUGGCAAGAGCAGGAGAAAGGCAAUGUCGAGCAAAUAA